CCGUGAGUACAGAUUGCGUGCCUCAUUGAUCGUGAGUAGGGAAUAUAAACAAAAGCACGAUUAGCUUGUUUCAGUUUCAUUUUAAUUAAUAAAUUAGUCUAUUGGUCCACAGUGUUUGAUAAACAUGUUACAAAUUGCUCGAUGCCAUCUAAGCCGGUUACAUAAGCACCACAGCACCGGUGCCCGGUUAAUCAUCAACAGAGAUUUCUGUGAUGAUUCGAAGAACAACGACAGUGAUAACCGGAAGAAGCGAAAAUCACCAGAGAAGUCGGUCAGUGAAACUUCCGAGGUGAAAUCUGCUGCCGCUACGAAACGAUUGAAUGAACUACUUUCGCUUAUGAGCAAAACUAAUGAGGUUCAGCUGGUGAAAAAGGUUCAACUGCCGAAACCAAACAACCAGCGUAGAGAGAAAAGCGUCAAAAAACGUGAGUUAGAUUCGGACUCGGAAUCGGACGAUGAUAAACCGGCGGAUUUAGCAAAGGCAACUCGUGCGGUUGCCAAUGCUCUGGGCGGUGAUCCGAAGCAGACAGAGGCUGAACUGCUGGCCAAGCUGCUGGGGAGCUCGUCGGAUGGCAAAAAUGAUUUGAGUGAGGUCAUCUCCGGUAUGCAGGUUGAUAAAGGGGAUGGCAAACGAGACCGUGCUGAUCAGUUGACGAGAAGUGGUUUGGUCCGGAAGUCAAUUGAAAAGAAAACCAAGAAAGAGUACUCUCAAGUGUAUCAUGAGCGCCAACGACCAACGGUUAUGGUACGACCGACUGGACCCAGUGUAAAAUUGUUCGAGGAAGAACCAUUAAACAUUUUCACCGAUCCAGCGGCUCUAAAAGAUAGUCCCGACAUUUUGGACACAUGGAAAAGGCUACAGGAACGUGAACUGCGAUUGGCAGUAACUCAUCCACCAGCAAAUUAUUUCCAGAAAAUGGCUCUUUGGACAGAGCAGGGAAAAUUGUGGAAAUUUCCUAUCAAUAACGAGCAAGGACUGGAAGAGGAAGCCAAAGUGUCCUUCACGGAUCACAUAUUCCUAGAGGAGCACCUGGAACCGUGGUGUCCUAAGCGAGGACCGGUGCGGCAUUUCAUGGAGUUGGUGUGCGUUGGUCUUUCGAAAAACUACUUCAUUAGCGCUAAGGAGAAGAAAGAACACAUCCUUUGGUUUCGGGAUUAUUUCGAGCAGAAGAAGGAACUCUUGCAGCAGGUUAUUGUAGAAAACAAGGAGCAGUCGAAUGAAAAACAGAUUGAAAUGUAGGCGAAUGGUUGAAAAGGAUAGAACACGAUUUGGUCGCUAUAUUA